AUGAUUGUGGACGAACAAGCAAUAGAGCGGUUGUUGAAGUUCCAAGAUGUUAUUGUGCAAGCACCAACUGGUUCCGGAAAAACCCUGGCAUAUGUUUUACCACUGUUUACCCUUUUAUGGAAGAAAAAAAAGGUUUGGCCGGAGAAUGAAAUAGGUGCAGUUAUUAUUGUUCCAAGUCGAGAAUUAGCAAAACAAGUUGGUGCAAUCUGCAAAUUAUUUGCGGAUGCGCUUUCUCUCAGCAUGCGUGUGAUGAUUGGUGGAAAAAAAGGGAAGUGCAACUUAAAAGCAGUCCAGUCUUUAAACGCUGCAGUGAUAAUAGCUACUCCUGGAAGAUUACAAUCAUUAAUAUCAUGUAAUUCAGAUUUCAAAAGAGCUCUAAAAGCUCUUGAAAUAUUGAUUAUUGAUGAAGCAGAUCGAUACACAGAUUUAAGUUUCAAAGCCAGCAUGACUGAAAUCCUGGAAUCGUUGCCGAAACAGAGACGGACUGGUUUAUUCUCUGCAACACAAGCCAAAGAAAUGAAAGAAAUCGUGAAGUUUGGAUUAAG